CCCGCCCGCCCUGUUCACUCCUGGGGAGACUAUUUGGGUCCCGAGGUGCCCGGGCUCCGUCCUAAGCAGGACCCUCUCUCCGCUGGUCGCAGGUGCCAGCCCUCCCACCCCACGCCGAGGGCUCCCCACAGAGGGUGGCUGCAGCCCUCCACUCCCCGCACCUGCCUGCUCGCUGGCUGCCAUCCGCCCGCCGCCAUGGCCCGGCUCCUGCCCGUCACCCUCGGAUGCCUCAGCCUCCUCUGCCUGCAGCUCCCAGGCACACUGACCCGCUGCCAGGGCAGAAGCCGGCAGCCCGCCCGGCCCAGGGCGCCUCCAGCCAGGACCCUCGCCAGCGGCCUGCAGCCCCAGCACCCUGCACCCCGGCCUGUGAUCCACAAGCCACCCCAGAGGGGCGCCCGUCUGACCCCUGCCGCGGGUCAUCCUCUCCAGAGUGGUCCCCGUCGGCACUUGAGCCCCCCAAGGCCCAGAGCCCAGCGCCUGCGGGUGGGCUGUGUGCUGAGCACCUGCCAGGUGCAGAACCUCAGCCACCGCCUGUGGCAGCUCGUGGCGUCGGCCGGCCCCCGGGACCCAGCCCCCAUGGACCCCAGCAGCCCCCACAGCUAUGGCUGAGGUGGGGCAGGCCAUGCCCUAGCCAGAUGCUGCACCCCAACCCCAGGGCGGCAGCUGAGCCCAGCCCAGCCUCCAGGGUUCCCGCAGGCAGCAGAGACCCCCCCACACACACACACCAUGUGCUGCAGCGAGCUACCUUGUACUGCUUUGGACACGUAAACCUGCACCUGUGCGGCCCCAAGCAGGUCAGCAGGCAGAGUCCGGAUGCCCAGGGUCUGUGCAUCCAGCAGUGUGCAUGCUCAGGGGACAAGUGUGCCCCUGAGGUGGCCGGUCGCACCCUACGCGGGAAAGGGCUUUGGAGGGACGAGGUUUGCUAGGGUCAAGGAGCAGAAGUCAUUCCGAGCACCCAGGCACCACCUCCUGGCCCCCGGGAGCCAGGGGCCGCACUGCCUGGUGCGUGUGGCCCUCUCCCUGCUGUGCUCGCCGUCAGAUUAAAUCCUGGCUUUAGCCCAGCCGGCAUGCCUCAGUGGUUGAGCAUCAACCUAUGAACCAGGAGGUGACGGUUCAGUUCCUGCUCAGGGCCCAGGCCCAGGUUGUGGGCUCGAUCCCCAGU